UUUAUCGACCGAAUUUCGGUCGUCAUCUUUGUUACCAAUGUUAUCGAAUAACACAAGCCGGCUUACGGCUGUCACGGCGAUCAUUGACAAUCUCUGGUGAGCAGUCAGUGGCAGUCAAUGGACCUCAGUAAUCGCAGUAAAAACUGUCAUUUCUUAUCCCAACUUCAGAAACGAGCAUACGACUGCAUAUCAAUAUUAAUAGCGCGAUGAUGUUUCAUAAGGUUCCUCUAAAAUUGUGUCGGUUAUGUGGGAAGGAAACGCGUCAAGGUACAGAUGUAUUCAAAGAUAAGGUUAAGGGUGCCGUCUUGAUAUCAAUAAUCAACAAGUACUUGUCGAAAGAGGUGAUAAAUAUUUUGGUGUCGGAUGCAUUUUCGAAAUUUGUCUGCGUUGAAUGUGAACAGAAGAUAUACGUGUUUGACGAAUUCUGUUUGAUGGUAGCGAACGUUCAAAAACAGCUGACAGCACCUGCUUUAGAAAUUGAUUUUGCAGAGGACAUGCUGUGCCACUUGAAAGAAAAUGAUGUUUUAUCUAAAGCAACCGUACCGUAUAGAGAAAAGCGUAAAUCUAUUUGUGAUAUUUGCUCAAAGAGUUUCAGGUGUCAGGCACACCUUAAUAGGCAUAAACGUAUUCACACGGGAGCUCGACCCUUCAUUUGUAAUAUUUGCAACAUGUCUUUUAAUCAGCAAGAAAUUUUAACAAAGCACAGAGAAACUCAUGAUAACAAGAAGCAGUUUCAAUGUGCAAAUUGUCAUCAGUCCUUUCGGUACAAAGUAUCGCUCCAGUCUCAUCUAGUUACAUUUCAUACCGAUACAGACUCCUCGUCAUCUUCCAUGUUGUGCAAUAGAGGUUUCUCUGUUGUUAAUACAUCUUCGACAUGCCUCGAAUGUGGAAAAAUAUUUGCAACAAAGUAUAAGCUUCAACGUCACUGUAGAUCUCACUCGGGAGAUAGACCUUAUACAUGUUCAUAUUGCAAUCGGACAUUUUCACAGACUGGUAAUCUUAAGCAGCAUCAAGUUAAGUGCCAUAACAGUAAUUGCAUUGUAUCGGAAACUUCAAAUUCUCAUCAGCACUUGAGCAGUGAGGGAAAUUGCGAAAUUUCUAAUGUCCCCUUAAAUAACUUUCAAUCUAUCUACAUCACAGAGAGUGAGAUCCAAAAAACCAUCAAUGAGACAAUUAAUUCUACUGAUCAAGGUAGUUCAUAUCUCAGCAAAUCCUUUGCAAGUCCCAUAUACAUAGAUGAGGAAAUUGAAACGAUGCUAGAUCAAGAUUUAGAACAGUUGGACAGUUCAAAGUAUCGGUCCUCAGAACAAGAGAAAGUUUCUCUCUGUUUAAAACAGCCUGAAACUCCUGAGUUGUUGCACAGCUUGUUGUAUGAUGAAUAGAUUGGUUUCAAUACGAGUUGUUAUACUGUAACAUUACUCUAAUUUAAAAUUUGCACUCAGUGUAUGUGAGAGUUCAAUAAGCAAAUUUUUUUCAGAUCGACAUGAAAUAAUUUUAUUUCCAUGAUUACAUGCUUUUGAUCUCACUGCUGUAAUUAUAUUACAAGUUGUUGAUACGCAAGAGAAUGAUGCUACAUCUUAAUGUUAUGACUAAAAUAAAACGAAAAUCAACCGACCAGGAAAUCACUUGAUGUUUCAGUGCACAUCUUAGUUUCGUUUCUA